AAUCCUAGGAUUGGUCAGUGCACAUUGCCUGACCCGUAUGGUAAAUGGAAGGAAGGAGAAAAGCCUGUUGAUAUUAUUGUUGGAGACUACCUGAGUAUGUGAAGUUUGGAUAUGUGAGGAAUGUGGUGAGAGCAUUUGUGUCCAAACCAUUACAGUGUGGGAAUUGUAAAGGAUAUGGUCACGUGUCAAAUGUUUGCAGAUGGGAGAAGUAUGAUAUUGAAGAAUCUGUGAAUGGAAAAUGUUGCAACUGUGGCGGGGAUCAUACUUCGGAUUUCCUUGAGUACCCUGUUAGGGUGAAGGAGGUCGAAGGGGUCAAGGUUCAGGGCUGAGCAGCGGAUCUCCUAUGUGGAGGCAGUGAAGAGAGUCGAAAGGGAAAGAGACAACAAUAAUGAAGAUGUGGCUGUGGAUGCAGUAUGAAGUUUGAUUUUGUUGAGUUAUUUUCUGUUAUGAUAGUUUGAGAUUUUAUACUUUUUUUCAAAUAAUGUUUUCCCUCUUGGGAUCCUUAUUAUCUGCCCGCUCAGUGGGUGGCGGAAUCCACAUAUAACUUUUGUGAACGCCAUUAUACCAUAGAAGAAAAGUGAUUGAUGGGUGAUUGACAAUUUGAGAGCUGAUUGAGAGUAGACUCCUAACUCAGCAGGGGGUUCCCACAUGCUUUUGAAUCCUUUUUGUUCUCAAAUGAUCUAUUAUUUGUCACCAUGAACAUCAGUAACCUGGUUGGGCUGGCUGACAACAGAAUGUGACCAAGCUCACCUUAGACUCCGAUCUACAGAGACAUCAUGAGAGCAACUGCAGCCGUCCUAUUGGUCCUCUGUCUCCUGACCAUCAGUCACGCCUGGGACUGUCAGAUUGUAGUGGCUAUCAAGAAUCUGAUGCAGAUAGAUGCAGGACUGGGACAAGUGGUUGCUACGGACACAAGUCAAAUCCCCUACUACCUGGUAGGUGAUGAAUGGAUCCGCCUGCCUGGUUCCCUGAGGCAUAUCACUGUAGGACCAGCAGGGAUCUGGGGUGUCAGCAACGGAAACCUCAUGUUCAAGUAUGUGGCCGGUAACUGGGUUCAAUUUGCAACCGGUGUAAAUCAGCUGGAUGCUGGGGGGGAUGAGUUUGUUGUGGUGGCCAACAUGGACUAUGUUCCAGGGUGUCUUUCAAGAAGUGCCUCACUUGGCUUCAUGGGUGCUGACUCAUCCCUUCGAGGGAUAAGGUUGCCAGGAGCUGUGAAGUAUUCUAGUUGCGGACCUUUUGGGUGCUGGGCAGUCAACAAGAAUGAUGAUAUCUACUUAAUGAGUCUGAAUCAAGACUGCCAAAACAAUGGGUGGAGUCACAUUGAUGGCAAGCUUUCCAUGAUUGAGGUGGCAACUGAUGGUAGUGUCUUUGGGGUUAACUCUGCAGGCCAAGUUUAUACCAG